CUUCCUCGCACCUUUAAAGCACCCUCCAAGAGGGAGAGGGGAGCUUCUGAACUUCCUGCAGUAGCCAAACUUGCCAUGAGGAAAUAGAAGCUGCCUCCACUCUGCAGAGAUCAAGCACAGAAAGUGUUGGAAGAAAGGAUUAGGAUGGAUUGAAUUAAAUUCGAUCACCUUGAAGAAGAACCCCUUUCGCUGAAAAACCAUCAAUGGCCAGGCUCGUCAGAUGCCCUAAAUGUCAGAAGCUUCUCGUGGAGUAUCCCAAUGUUCCCGUCUACCAGUGCGGUGGAUGCGGCAUUGUUCUCCGCGCAAAGAACGCCAGUGAUUCAACAGAAGAAAAGUCGACCGCUGAACCUGCGCAAAUGAACCAGCCGGAGAGUCAAUCGGACGUCGGCUUCUCAGAUUUGGAGUCGUUCUCCAGCCCUCCCGCCCCCGCCAUGCAGUGCUCCAAACCGGGAGAUCAAAACUCCCCCCCUGCUUCCAACCUCGACGAUCAUCCUCGCGCCGUCAAGAGGCGGAGCUCUCGUGCUGCCAAUAGAUCUUCUCUUAGCCGGGAUGACAGAAAUCCGCAAGUUGACUUUGUCGAAGAAGCCGUUGACCGGGUUGAGGACGAACUUGUCACGCCGGCCAUUGCAGAGGAGGAACAGACUCCUCGCGUUGCUGCUCGCAGCGUCGGCUCGGAGGAAGACAUGGCGGAGAGAUUGCGGCACGAAGGAAUUCGCCAUGCGUACUACGACGGCAGCAUCUCUUCCUCGGACGAGGCACGGAGCGUGCAGUCCGCCGAACGAAAGUCCGGAAAAUCUCGAAGGACCGUUAAAGCUGCUUCGAACAGUGAUCUGAAGCUCCAUUCCGGUUCAGUUCGGUCUAAUGCGGCAAGAGAUCGUGCUUCAUCAUCGAAAAGUUCAUUUUUUGACGCCGACGAGUUCCAGAUCACUGCGGAGAACUGGUCGGAAUUGGCAAAAGACUCAUCCAGCGGCGAGCUGCAUGGCAAAGUGGCGCUCUUGAGGAAGAUUGACGAAGUGAGAGAGCAACUGGUUAAGAUUUCUGUUGGUAGCGAAGGGAGGGAAAAUUUUGCAUCGGCGGCGAACUCUUGGAGUUCAGGGAGCAGGCGCAAGGCUGAUCCGAUCAGGAAGAGACCGACGCAGCACUGUCGACCCGUCUCGGGGGCUGCGCCCUUCGUCAUCUGUGGCAACUGCGCCAAGUUGCUCCAACUGCCGGCGGAUUUCCCCUCGACGAGGAGAAGAGGAUUGUACAAGUUGAGGUGCGCUGGCUGCGCUGCAGUUCUCGAUCUGCCAUUCCCUGCCAAAGAUGAUCGGAGUUUUUCAGAGGCGGGUCCCGCGCACGCCGAGGCAGAUGAUGAGCUGGAUUCUGGAGGAGGAAGAGGCGUGGCCAGGGGCAAUUUGACCCCGAGACUGCAUCGCCUCAUGGGGUAUGAUUCGGCCAGCGAUCUUUUGCUGGCAGGUGAAUCAACUGGGAACAGAUCGUACCAGGGCAAUGUCAGAGCUGGAAUCCCUCGCCCUCCAGUGUUGAAAUAGUGCAGAGAAUCGAAAUCUAAAGCAGCGUAUGGAGAACAUGAAUUUAGCCAUUGUAUAAAUCUGAUGAGUGAUGGCAAUGUAAAUGGAUUAUUUGAUUGUUUGAGCUGAUUAUUAUAGCACUUCCAUUAUCAAUUUGUUAGAUGUGCGGUGUUGUGAACGAGACUGACAAGUUCGCGGCCAAGAACUUGAACAAAGAUGCUACUAAAUUGUUCCUGCUGUAUUCCAACACAA